AAACUGGCGCAAGUCAGCCUUCACCAGGUGGGGUUAUCCCAAGCGUUGCCUCAGAACAUGUCGCAGACGAUCCAGAUUUCACAUUCUAUGUCUCAGUCGAUGAGUCAAAUGUCAGAUGAUGAACCCUCAUCGCCGGAGUCAACAACCUUCGAUGGCUCGGACCUGCUGAGUUCCACAGUCAGCGAUGAAGUCACCGCGCAGCUAGCGGCCGCAGGGCCCGUUGGGGUAGCUGCCGCCGCCGCCAUUGCUACAGGGAAGAAACGGAAAAGACCGCAUUCUUUUGAAACGAACCCUUCUAUUCGUAAACGGCAGCAAACUCGUCUUCUCCGGAAGUUGAGAGCCACUAUUGAUGAAUAUACAACAAGGGUAGGGCAACAAGCUGUUGUUCUGUGUGUGUGUCCUGGCAAGCCAAAUCCACUUUUCAAGGUGUUUGGAGCUGUACCACUAGAAAAUGUGGUAAGAAACCUUAAGCAGCUUGUCCUUCAGGAUUUAGAGCAUGCGUUAGCUGAACACGCUCCACCACCACCCCCAGAAAACCCAGAUACCUACACACUUCCUCCUCUGGUCAUUGAUGGUAUACCCACUCCUGUGGACAAAAUGACACAAGCCCAACUGCGAGCAUUCAUUCCAAUGAUGUUGCGGUAUUCCACUGGUCGUGGAAAGCCAGGAUGGGGAAAAGAUUCUACGAGACCAGCUUGGUGGCCGUCUGACCUGCCUUGGCAAAACGUGCGCAGUGAUUGCCGCAGUGAAGAUGAAAAAGCAAGGAUUUCGUGGACAAACGCGUUAAGGCAAAUCGUAAAGAACUGCUACAAAUUCCAUGGGAGAGAAGACCUACUACCUGCAUUCACUGAAGGAGAUGCACCCCAGCACCAGUAUGUCCAAACACCGCAUCAAAUGGUCCAUACAAUUUCAAAUGCAGAUGGAACUGUGUCUCUCAUUCAAGUGGAUGCUUCAGGUGCUGUGAGUACAUUGUCAGAUGCAGCAACCUCACAGACUGAGGCAACACAAGCUGUGGCAACAUUAGCAGAAGUUGCAGCAGCAACUCAAGUUGAGGUUACCCUGUCCCAUCCAGGACAGAGUGAUGGUGUUUCCAUUGACCAAAGUGAUUUGUCACAUACCGAGGCAAUUGCACAAGCAGCAGUAGCCACUCUUGCCGAAGCGACAUUAGCAGAUGGAGGACAAAUUGUCUUGCCAGAACAUGCAGCUGCUGCAGCAGCAGCUUUAGCAAAUGUUCCAGACAACAUGAAUACUUCUAACAUGGUGACCAUCCCAGUCCAGGCAGCUGCAUCCCUUAUGCAGAUUCAAACACAUCAUCUACCAGUAAGUACCCAUACUCAGUACAUGUCAGCAUCAGUACCUCAAGUAGCCAUGGCACCACAUUCAAUAAUUCAGACAGUAACAACUUCGGCAGUGGGAGGACAUGAGGUCCACACACACAUGGCUGACACAUGCGAGGGUGUGCCAGUGGCCACCCAAGCAGUGGAGGUAGUAACACUAGAAAAUGCCCCAGAUCCCAUGUCUUGA